AUGCCGUUACCGCUACAAGAAAGUACAAUGUCCGAUGACUCUGUAGAUCGUGUGUUUGAGAAAGCUAUUGUUACAAUUCAAACCCUUUCCUCUCAAAAAGGGUAUCACUCAUUACCAAGACCACCAGCGAAUGUGAGGAUUCAACUAUAUGCAUUGUUCAAACAGUCCACAGAAGGAGACGUCAGCCAUAUAUUGGAUAAGCCGGACGGUAAUCCUACAUCACCGGAUUAUAACUUAGCCUUACGUAAAUGGGAGGCAUGGAAGAGUAAGGAAGGAUUGUCGAAGACUGAAGCUAAAAGAGCCUACAUUGAAUUGUUGAUCCACACCAUGAAGACAUACGCUAUGGGGACCAUCGUUGCGCGAGAACUACUUUCAGAAUUAGAGUUUAUGUGGUGGCAGAUAAGCCAUUCUAAUACGUUUGAUGGAAAUGAGGGGCCUGAAUAUCAAGAUGAAACGAAUAGUGUAUUGAUGCUAACAAAUGAUAACGACAUGGAUAACGGAUCAGAGAAGAUUAGAAGAGAAGUAUAUGAGACUCUCGCUACCCUACGACCCAAUUCAAUCCAAAAUGGUAUAAGUCUCGCGCCGAUCGGAUCAGGUCUAUCUGAUAAGAGUGAAGAAUUCUAUGCUAUUUGGAUCACCCUCAAAAGAAUACUGACAAAGCUUCUCACAAUCAGUAGAGGCAUAGUAACAUACCUCGGGAAGCGUAUAAUGUCUCAAUCGCUCAUACUACUAUUCAUGUUGUUUGUCGUAAAAUAUUCCGACAAAUCUAUUGAUCUAGCUCUAGAUAAAGUAGACUCCCGUCAUUCUUCAUGGAUAUCUAAACUAAUUCAGUUAUUAAGCCAAUUCACAGGGAUAAGUAAGGUCAGUCUACAAGUUCAAUAA